CAAAAACAAAAACUCUUGGCAAUAUCUCGGUCGUCGCAGGGGUUCUGAUACCACGGCCAUUAGCCCAACCCCAACCAAACCAACAACCAAACCAACCAAAUCACUUCCCUAAAAUGCAGGUAAGGAGUAAACACCUUCCUAACAAAACCACACUGCGGCUAUGUACCGCUCCCUGCCCCGCAACCAUAGCGGUGUUGGUGUACCAUCCCGCGUCAGCCUGGCGCUUCGUGAGCUCGUCCCGAGUUCCCCGCCUACGACCCCUCCUUUCUCCAGGAGCUUCAUACACGACUCCAGCUUGAACAUACGCUCGCAAUCAUCGUACUCUAGAAAUAAUAUACUACACUCACGACGACUACGAUUGCGGCUGCGAACGAAGCAGGAACAGAUACAUCAGCAUCAUACAGACGCGAUGGACGCUGCGGAGCUGGCGAAUUAUCUGGCGGACUCGCCGCCGACGGUUGUGCCGCUGGAGAUUAAGAAGCAUUUCGAGGCUUUGACGCCGAGGCAGAAGAGAUACGCUCACUACAUCUCCAAAGCCUCCUUCGCCGGCACGCGCAUCAUCUUUCGCCAAGUCUCACCCGAAAGCGAAUCCAUCUACGACUUCAUCCUCUCCCUCCACCGCGCCAGCGCCGGCGACUGGUCCGCCUACGCCACGCGCGCAGGGGUGAGCGCGCAGGACCUCCGCUACUUCCUCGAGUACGCCGCGCAGUUCCUCGGGAAUAGUGGGAACUACAAGGGUUUUGGAGACUCGAAGUUCAUCCCUCGGGCUCCGGAGUCGGCGUUAGCGGCGUUGGCGGCGCAGGAUGAGACGGCGAAGGGGUUUUAUGAGGCGACUAAGGGGGGGAUUUUCGCGACGGAGAGGCAGGAUUUGAUGCAUUUGGGGUUUACGGGGGAGGGGCACAUGACGACGUAUUACCCCGAUAGUCCUGGGAUUAUGAAAGCGGAGAUCGAGGCGGUGAGCGCGUGGAUGGUGGGUGUGGGGUUACUGCCUGAGAAUACGCGGUUGAGGAAGAACGAGGCGGGGGGGUUUGAGAUCCUGAUCGCGUCGGCGGUUACGCAGGUUCCUGCUGAGGGGGGCGAUAUUGGGAAGGAGACGAGGUUUGUGGUUAAGGAGGGGCUGUUGGAGGGGAAGACGAUUAAGCUCAUGUAUGGUGACCAUGCGAGGGAGAUGGCUGCGAUUGCGGGGUGGCAUGCUAAGGCGGCGGAGGAGGCGGAGAAUGAGAAUCAGAAGUUGAUGCAGCUGGCGUAUGUUAAGUCGUUUGAGACGGGGUCGCUGCUUGCGUUUAAGGAUUCGCAGAGGUUUUGGAUUCGCGAUAAGGGGCCGAUGGUUGAGAGCGACGUCGGCUUCGUCGAGACGUACCGUGACCCCCACGGCGUGCGCGGGGAGUGGGAAGGCUUCGCAGCAACAGUGAACCUAGAGCGCACCGCCGCCUUCACCGGGCUCGUCGCCAGCGCCGAGACCGAGAUCCCCAAGCUCCCAUGGGGCCCCACAUUCGAGAAAGACACCUUCCUCAGCCCCGACUUCACAAGCCUCGAGGUCCUCGCCUUCGCCUCCUCCGGCAUCCCAGCAGGCAUCAACAUCCCCAACUACGACGACAUCCGGCAAACCGAGGGCUUCAAGAACGUCUCCCUCGGCAACGUCCUCAGCGCCGUCGCACCACACGAAAAAAUCCCCUUCAUCCGCCCCGAAGACCUGGCGCUGUACGAGAAAUACCGCGGCCAGGCCUUCGAGGUCCAAGUAGGCGUGCAUGAGCUCCUUGGUCAUGGGACGGGGAAGCUCUUGCAGGAGACCGCACCGGGGGAGUUUAACUUCGACCGCGCCAACCCGCCCGUCUCGCCUAUCACGGGGAAGGCGGUAGAGAGCUACUACAAGCCCGGCGCGACGUUCGGGGGGGUCUUUGGGGCCAUCGCGUCGAGUUACGAGGAGUGUCGCGCGGAGUGCGUGGCGAUGGCGCUGGGGUGCGAGUUUAGCGUGCUGAAAGUGUUUGGGUUUGGGACGGGGGAGGUGGACAUGGAUGGUGAGGCGGGGGAUGUGCUGUAUGUGAGUUACCUCAGCAUGGCGCGCGCGGGCAUCGCGGCGUUGGAGCUGUGGGAUCCAAAGAGUAGGAAGUGGGGACAGGCGCAUAGUCAAGCGCGUUUCAGCAUCCUUAAGUGUUUCUUGGAAGCCGGUGACGGGUUCUGCGAGCUUUCGUACAAGGAGGGCGGGGACAUGAGUGAUCUAGCGGUUAAGAUUGAUCGGUCUAAGAUCCUGACUGUAGGACGCAAGGCGGUGGAGGAGUACCUGCUGAAACUGCAUGUGUAUAAGUCUACAGCGGAUGUGGUGGCGGGGACGGAGCUGUAUGAGCGGAUGACGAGGGUUGAGGAGGGGUUUUGGGCGGAGAGGGUGAGGGGGCAGGUGAUGAGGCAGAAGCAGCCGAGGAAGGUGUUUGUGCAGGCGAAUACGGUGAUGGGGGGGAGGGGGAGGUGGUGUUGAGGGUGCAGGAGACGAGUUUGGAGGGGAUGGUGGCGAGUUUUGCGGAGAGGGCGAAUUAGGGGGGUUGUGAGAGGGGGAGGAUAAGUAGUGUAGGUGGUGGAAUCACAGAUUUUAGUCUGGUGUUAUUUGGUGUCUUCGGUGGGGGUCGGCGCGUGAUGUCUGUGUGUUUAUAACAGACAAGACAUCAAGUUACAGAAGCAAUUUCCACAAUCUUAGCAGACUGACUUGGGCACAUCGUUAACCAGCCCAGUUCAAGGAACUAUCAUUACUUAGGCGUCAUAUUUGGAAGAGUGUUUACACACGUCCAUUCCCCGCAGCUCCAGGUAUAGUUUAGCCGUCGGUGGAGAUGGCGUAGUGGUUAACUGAUGGUUUAGUUUCCUCUGCUGCCACUAUGAGGUUAUUGAUAAAGAGGUGUCUGUAAAUAUUAGAUGUAGUUAUUUUUGAUGGAGCGUUGAUUGGUGAGACCUUCGGCGCUGUAAUAAGGAAGUAUUGCAGCAACUGCAAACACCAGUCGCCUCAGUAAGAUAUAUCUUACAAUAAAUAGCAGGAGGGGCCGAUGGUUUCAGUUUAACCAAUGGCACAGUCACAAAUCACAUGUCGCAUUGGGUGGGCUGGCGAUGCCAACAUGGAUGGACAGGAGG